UUUGUUGUUCAUGCGUGUCAGUUCAUAGGCAAAUGGAGGAAUGAGCCUGCUUAGAAUUACUCCUUCAACUCAUAGUUCUGUUUCAUCUCGACUCUUGAGGCUCAGCAUCUUCCUCCUGCUUAGCCUCCCUGACGCAAAAGGAAAAGCCAUUUGGACAGCCCACCUGAAUAUAACAUUUCAGGUGGGAAACCGCAUUAUAUCCGAACUAGGAGAGAGUGGAGUAUUCGGGAAUCAUUCUCCCCUGGAAAGGGUGGCCGGUGCGGUGGUACUUCCGGAAGGAUGGAAUCUGAAUGCUUGUCAUUCUCUGACCAACUUCAGCAGGCCUCAGCCGGAAGACUCUUGGUUGGCCCUCAUUGAACGGGGAGGCUGUACUUUUACGCAUAAAAUCAAUGUGGCCGCAGAGAAGGGAGCCAACGGCGUGAUCAUCUAUAACUAUCCAGGUACUGGCAACAAAGUAUUUCCCAUGUCUCACCAUGGCACGGGGAAUACAGUUGCAGUGAUGAUAGGCAACUUGAAAGGACUGGAACUCCUGCACUUGAUUCAGAAAGGAGUCUACGUGACGAUCGUCAUUGAAGUGGGGAGAAUGCACAUGCCAUGGCUGAGCUAUUACGUCAUGUCUCUGUUCACCUUCCUGGCUCCCACAGUCGCCUACCUUUUCUUGUACUGUGCCUGGAGACCACGAGCGCCCAAUUCUUCCACCAGGAGGCGAAGACAGAUAAAGGCAAAUGUGAAGAAAGCAAUUGCUCAGCUUCCACUGCGGGUGCUCAGAGAAGGGGAUAAGGAACUCGAUCCCAAUGAACACAGUUGUGUUGUUUGCUUUGACACAUACAAACCCCAAGAUGCAGUACGUAUUUUAACUUGCAAACAUUUUUUCCACAAGGCGUGCAUUGACCCCUGGCUUUUAGCCCGGAGGACGUGCCCCAUGUGCAAGUGUGACAUUCUGAAAACUUAAGAAACCCAGAGAAUUUUCUGAAGAUGUAACCAAGUCUUUUCAAAGAUUAAAAUUAGAUGAGUUCUUUUAGCACUAUAUGUAGAAAGAAAAUUCAACUCCAGCUUCUCUACCCAAGUACCAAAGAGGGUGAAAUUUGUGUGUUUUUAA